UCCGCGCCUCCGUCCCCUGUGCCGCCCUUCUCUGUUUCCCUCCUCCUUGCUGCCGCCGCGGCCGCCCCCACACCGCCUCCGGGAUGAAGAACCCGGACUUCGCCGCCGACAAAGCGCUCGCCAAGGACUUCCUGUCCAACUUCGCUGACCCGCGCGGCGAGCCCAAGUACCUGAACAUCCUGCAAGAUGUCGCCAAUCGGAAGAUCCGGGCGGUCCAGAUUGAGCUGGACGACCUGUUCCAUUAUAAAGAUGUGGAUGAGGAGUUCUUGCAGCGGGUCACCGAGAACACGCGGCGCUACAUCGGUAUUUUCUCAGAGGCCAUGGAUGAGCUCAUGCCCGAGCCCACGGAGGCAUACACCGUGGAUGAGGACCGGGACAUCCUGAUGACGCAGCGUGUGGAUGAAGGGGCAGACGGUGGCGCCGACGGCACUGACCCACUCCAGAGGAUGCCACCGGAGAUCAAACGAUUCUUUGAGGUUUACAUCAAGGCAUUCUCAAAGGUGACUCCACUCACCAUAAGGCAAGUGAAGGCAUCCAACAUCGGGCAGCUUGUGAAAAUAUCUGGAAUUGUGACUCGCUGCUCGGAUGUGAAGCCCCUGAUGCAGGUUGCUGUUUAUACAUGUGAAGAAUGUGGUUUUGAGAUAUACCAGGAAGUGACUGCUAGAGUCUUUAUGCCUCUCUUUGAGUGCCCAUCUCAAAGAUGCAAGCUGAAUAAAGCAAAGGGGAAUCUAAUCCUUCAACUGCGAGCAUCAAAGUUUUUGAAAUUUCAGGAGGUGAAGCUUCAAGAGUUAGCAGAGCAUGUACCAAAGGGCCACAUCCCUCGUUCUCUGACUGUUCAUCUAAGAGGAGAGCUGACUAGAAAGGUUGCACCUGGAGAUGUGGUUGAGAUGUCAGGCAUUUUUCUUCCCAUGCCAUACUAUGGAUUCAGAGCGAUGCGUGCAGGAUUAGUUGCUGAUACUUACUUGGAAGCAAUGUCUGUCACGCAUUUCAAGAAAAAAUAUGAAGAAUAUGAACUUAAAGGUGAUGAACAAGAACAAAUUGAUAGAUUGGCUGAGGAUGGUGAUAUCUACAGUAAGUUGGCAAGGUCCCUGGCACCUGAAAUAUUUGGCCAUGAAGACGUAAAGAAAGCACUGCUGCUGCUGCUUGUUGGCGCACCCCAUAGGAAGCUCGGAGAUGGCAUGAAGAUCAGAGGAGACCUGCACAUAUGCUUGAUGGGAGAUCCUGGUGUUGCAAAGAGUCAACUUCUGAAGCAUAUCAUAAAUGUUGCUCCAAGAGGAGUGUAUACCACUGGACGUGGGAGCAGUGGUGUUGGUCUUACUGCUGCUGUCCAGAAAGAUCCAAUUACUAGUGAGUUUGUCCUCGAGGGUGGAGCACUGGUGCUAGCAGAUAUGGGUAUUUGCGCGAUAGAUGAGUUUGACAAGAUGGAAGAGUCAGACAGGACAGCAAUUCACGAGGUGAUGGAGCAGCAGACAGUUAGCAUUGCCAAGGCUGGCAUCACCACCUCUCUCAAUGCAAGAACUGCAAUCCUGGCUGCUGCAAAUCCAGCAUGGGGAAGGUAUGACAUGAGGAGGUCUCCAGCUGAAAACAUAAAUCUGCCUCCAGCACUUCUGUCUCGUUUUGACCUCCUUUGGUUGAUCCUGGAUCGAGCAGACAUGGAAAGUGAUCUUGAAAUGGCAAGACACGUUGUUCAUGUGCACCAAAAUCUUGAAUCACCAGCACUAGGUUUCACACCACUUGAACCACCGGUUCUUAGAGCCUACAUAUCUGCUGCGAGAAGAGUCAUCCCUUCUGUUCCUCGAGAGCUCGAGGAAUACAUCGCAACUGCAUAUUCCAGCAUCCGCCAAGAGGAAGCAAAGUCAAAUGCACCAACCUCCUACACAACUAUCAGAACACUCCUCAGUAUACUCCGCAUUUCUAUUGCCUUAGCAAGGCUUAGAUUUUCAGAAACUGUGGCUCAGAGCGAUGUCGAUGAAGCACUGCGACUGAUGCAGAUGUCCAAGUACUCAUUAUACUCAGAUGACCGCCAGCGGUCUGGCCUAGAUGCGAUUUCUGACAUAUAUUCCAUCCUGAGAGAUGAAGCGGCCAGGACGAGCAGCAUGGAUGUGAGAUAUGCUCAUGCUCUUAACUUGAUCUCCAGAAAGGGAUAUAGUGAGGCUCAAUUGAAGGAGUGCUUGGAGGAAUAUGCAUCCCUGAAUGUGUGGCAGAUCCAUCCGAACACCUUCGACAUCCACUUCAUUGACGCCUGAUGAGAAGCUGAACCCAGUCACCUAACAUUCCAUCAUGAGCGAAAGGAUGGAAUAUCAAGAGUUGGUGCUUUCAAAUUUGUGACCAGAGUGAUGAACACCAUUGAUAGAGCCCUAACAAGAUCGAAUAGUUCUAGUGAUAGUGAACAACAAACCAUCUCAUGAUAUCAAUGAUGUAAUGCUGGGCUUAAAGCCUGUGAGAAUUGUACCAGUAGAGCCAUUGUUCUUGUCCACCUAAUGAGUAGCCUAGUGCUUUUUUUCUUCUUGCAAUCUCCUUGUUUGACACUGAAGUGUAUGAAACAUGAAAGCCUUACUGUCUCUGUUAAGGUUUUGGUUGCCAA